GUAUUCAAUUUUGAGAAGGCGCUCGUGUCGGUCGACCGUGGACUGUGUUGGAAGUUGCUGGGUGGAAAUAUUGCAGAGUUUUGGUUGGGCAAUACUGUUAAAGCUCUUUUAGUUCACCUGAACAAUUAAGAUCCUUCAAGAUGUCGACCACAGAUAAUACUUGUGUUGUGUGCUUUAAGACAAUGGAGAUAUUCUCCAUAGGAGUUUGUGACCAUCCUGUUUGCUAUGAAUGCUCAACAAGAAUGCGUGUUCUUUGCCGUCAAAACGAGUGUCCCAUAUGUAGACAAGAUUUGCCCAAGGUCAUUUUCUCCAAGAACGUACGGCCAUACAAAGAAGUAGCUACUAAAUCUUAUCCAAGCGACAAAGAAUUUAAAAUCUUGUUUGAUGGAGGACCAGCGAAAAGUGCUUUUGAAAGUCUUCUUCAGCAUGAAUGUAGCAUUUGUGGUGGAUCCAAAACUUAUAAUACAUUUCAACUUCUUAAAGAUCAUAUGCGGAAAAGUCAUGAAUUAUUUUAUUGUGACCUCUGUGUCGAUAAUCUCAAGAUAUUUUCCCAUGAAAGACGAGUUUAUACAAGACAAGAUCUUGCUCACCACAGAAGGAAAGGUGAUGUUGAUGAUAAGUCACACAAAGGGCAUCCACUAUGUCAAUUUUGUGACCAGCGAUACAUGGACAAUGAUGAACUUUUCCGACAUUUACGUAAAGAUCACUUAUUCUGUCAUUUUUGUGAUGCUGAUGGGUUACAUCAGUAUUACAGUACUUAUGACGUCUUAAGGGAACAUUUUAAGAAAGAGCAUUACCUCUGUGAAGAGGGGACUUGCUAUGAGGAACAAUUUACAUCAGCGUUUCGUUCUGAGAUUGAUUUAAAAGCUCAUAGGGCUUCGAGUCAUAGCCGUUCUAUGGGGAAACAGGCAAUUAAACAAGCUCGCACCCUAGAAGUUGAGUUUACCCUUGCUCCUCGUAGAGAGAGAGUAGACAGGAAUUUUAGAGGUGGAGACAGACCUGCACGCCGUCCUACAUCUCCAUCUUCAUCUUUCUGCAAUCAUGCUGGUGCAUGUAAUUGCAAUAGGGAAGAUGCAAUUGCCAAAGUGGAAACUACUUUAAAACCUACCCCUGAUAUUCGCCCAAUCGAUGAACCACGUCUUAAUCCAAAUGAUUUUCCAUCUCUGGGUGGGAAUUUUAGUUCAGUCCCUUCCCUUGUUUCUUCUGGAGGAAACAAAGGUCGAGGCAGUGCAGUAAUGAUUCGAGCUGGUCGUCCACCUCUGAAAACUGACGAAAACUUCCCUGCCCUGUCUGAGGCUGCUCCUGCUCCAAGCCACAAGGUAUGGUUAAGUGUUAACAGUAGAGCACAGCAGGACAGACCAACCAGUGCACCAACAAAUUUCUCCAUUCAAGUAAACAGGAGGCAAUCGGGAACAAACCCAACACAACCUCAAAGCUCUAUGCAAACAUUGUCAAACCGUAACAUGCGGAUGCGUGGUCCCUUACCACCUGCUAAUGGCACUUCAGAUUUGGGAGAUGCCAAUUUUCCAGCUCUGAAGCCAUUGGAUUCAUAUCGCGGCACAUCUGCAGAACAAUGGAUUUCAUCUCAACCUGCAGAUGGACAAAAUCCGGUCCGAAGUAAAGUCAGUACCCUGAGUUCUGCUGAAGCUGCUCAACUGCUAAAUAGUAAACCAACAAACCAACUGUCUUCCAAGAAACCACAGUUUGUUAUUGAAGAGGAUUUUCCUUCUUUGGGUCCUUCAUCUUCUGGUGCUCAAAUCUCUCAAAAGAAUCCUAACAUUAAGAAAGCGUCUUCUAUCACCAUCCCAAUGUCAAACUCUUGGUCUCGGCAAGCAAGAGAUAAUUCUCCUGAAAAAUCAAGUGAUAGUGAAGUGCAAUCCUAUGCUGCCAACAACACAAAAUCUAAAAAGAAGAAAAAGAAGACCAAAAAUGUUAACUCCUCUGAGAGUGAAAAAGUGCAAGGUGACAAGAAGGUUUUGUCUGAACAGUCUUUCAGCAAUGCAAGUUCUGAAUCUAGUAAAAAGAAGAAAAAGCAAAAACAACUACCUCAUGAACAAGAAACAGCUAAAGAACGACCAAAGUGCCAAAAUGGUAAAUUAGAUAACAAUGAAAAUGGUAAUCAGAGCAAAGCCAACCAAGAAAACCAAGACCCUACCCCAGACGUUUCUCAAAGCAGCAAUAGUAGGAAGCGGUCUGAGCUUCAAAUUGAAAGUUUGCAGAUUAAUGAAACUCAAAGUAGCAUGGAAGACACAACCAACAGGUUGCUGUCAAUUUUAAGAGGAGACAACUCUGCCCCAAAAUCCUCUGGUUCCUCCACUAUAAACCCCCCUCCUGGCUUUGAAUUGCCAGUUGAGCCUGUGGGUAGUUUGAAAACGGUUCCUCCACCUGGUUUCUCUGUAAAAGUUAAUUCUGUUGCUCGCCCAUCAUCCAACCAGCUUACUUUCACAAGUAGCAGUGGUGAAAGCUAUCCAAUCCUACCCACUGUUACUCUUCAUCAAUUUGUUCAACCACCAGACUUUCAGCGCCGAAAUGCUGCAUUAAUGGCAAGAGUUAUUGACACUUUAAGAGAUCCAAGCCUGCAGGAGGACUUUAGGCAGAAAUCCAUUCUUUUUAGACAGGGACAACUGUCAUCAGCAUCCUACUACAAGCAUUGUGUAGAGCUCAUGGGUGAAAAGGCUUUUAAUGACUUUUUUCCUGAAAUGCUUGUACUGCUCCCUGAAAUUGAUCGACAACAGGAUCUUUUGACAGUGUACAAACAGUUCAAUUCUGGAAAAGGGACCCAGCCAAAAUUUGAAGUUUGUGCAUCAUGUCGUCAGGUGUUGGCACCCUCUGACUUAAGAGUUCAUGUAUCAACUCACUCACUUGAAAACAACUUUCCAGCAUUAUCUACAACUGAGUCUCUUCCAUCUGCGUGGAAUAGGAAGUAAAUUGUUUUUAAGGAAAAGUUUUUCCUUCUUCACGGAUGUAGCUGAUGAAUAAGCCAUUUGUUUUCUGAAGCCUCUGGGUAGUGCUUUAGAGAGAGGAGCAGGCCUCCGACCAAUCUGUGUUCUGAAGCCUAAUGCAAGCUUAUUGUGAUCAAGUUAGUAAUUGGUCUAUUUUAAGUAAGGGAGGCUUAACUUAAAUCAUGUGCCUUCAGUGUCACACUGUACCUAAUGAAAAAUUAAGUAAAUUCACUUUUGUCUUGUAAAUAGUAGCUGUCUGUCUAGAAGAAAUAGCCGGGUUGACAGUUACCAACAAAGUAGUGUGUGUGGCACGAGCGCAUACUCUGUGAUCAGUAUAGCUGGGUCAUUCUGUGUGUGUUGAGGAUGGGAGCAUUCCAGCCUCUAGGCCAAGAAAAUAGUAAAUCAGUAUCUAGUAGUGCAUGAAGCAUCUACUAUGAAUUAUUGUAUUUGUUUUCUUGCUGUCAGUUUCUAAACAGCACACAGCUACUUUUCUGCAUAGUCUGGUGGUUUUCUCUAAUAAAUCUGUUGCAAUGGAAAUUGUGGUGAAACAUUUGCAUGAUGUCAAAUGUAAUACGUGUUUAAAGAAUAUGAUGACAACCAAGGCAAAUGCAAGAACCCAUUUAUAUAAAACCACCAGACUUUAAGAAUGUUAAAAAUAAAUAUAUCAACCUUCACAAGAACUAACAAAAUGCCUCUGCUCUUGACAGACUGUGUUUUGUAUGGUCUCGUUUAUUUUGAUACUGUAGUUAUACCGUAGUUAUGAGAGUUGUUAGGUUUAAUGUAAAACUGUUAAAGCCUGAUCAAAUUUUGCAUGAUUUCAUUGUCUCAGCAUCAAACUUGCUGAUAGAGCUUCUGAAAUGAAAUUAUCACAUGUGUUGCAUGUAAGGAUUUCAAUAUGAUCCUUAACGUCUUAAAAAAUUAUGUUUACAUUAAGUGUCAGUUUCUUACAAGUGAUUUAACAGUGUCAGUAAUUUUUUUGCAUAGAUUUAUACAGUAGAUUUGUUGGCAUUGUGUGUACCCAACAUUGAGUCUACCAUGUCAUGUCUGUGGACACAAGGGGUUAGCUUCAUUAAGAAAAGUACAAUUUUUGAAACCAAGUUAUUUAUAUGGUUAUGAUUUGAGUUUGACCGUAAGUUAUUUUCUUUCUCUCUCACCGAACAGGGUAUAAAGUAAAGGACAAUGGAAGUGUGAAGGAGUAGAAAGCAGGGCCCAGUUCUGGUUUGUGUUAUUUUACAGUGCUUAAAAUAGCUGCCACCUGUUUCAUCAAGGUUUCAUUGUCACUUAAUACAACUCUGAUCCAUUUUGAACUUAGCUUUUUGUGGAAAGCAAAACCAUCAAUUCGGUUAAAUUAACAUAUAAGACAGUGAUCGCAGUACAUGGAAGUUUCAACCACUACUCAACCACCCUCAUUAACUUCACUCCGCCAAGAUUGUAUGGUAUUCAACAAUGUAACAGUUUUUAUUCACUGGCAGUGUGGUUCUUUCACAGUAUUGUAGAGGGAUCAAUUGUAUUUUAUCAUUUUCCCUAGUACAUGUAUUUGAUUGUUGAUAUAGCUUUUCCCUUAUUAAGUGUAUCCCCUAUCAUCUAAGCUUAAUUUUCAAUCAAGUCAAUUCCAUUAGUAUGGAUAACCCUUAUUAGUCAGGAUGGGUGUUAGUUCAAGGGAGACAACAGGGUGAUUAACAUGUCGAGUCCUGAGGGAGAGGUUCCUUUUGUGUGCUAUAUGACCAUUUGUGUGGUCAUGGACUCAAUGUGUUAAGUUGAUGUCAAUAUUUAUUCUGAAAUAUGAAGAUUUAUUUUUGGACAUUUAGCUUUGCCGGCAAGUGAGUUAGUGAAAGGUAAAAGCAAAAUAUUUUAUGUUCCCAAUGCAAAUUGUGUACUAAUAAACAAUGUUUUUAAAUUUUU